AUGAGUGUGACAAAUUCCAAUAGGAAAAGAAGUUUAUCUGAAGUUUCUGAGGGAAGUGACCCUGAAGCUCCUGCCAAAACUAGAAAUUCAUAUACUACCGAUGAGAUUGUAAUGGUUGAAGAGGUUGAUUCUGAAAUUCCAGUUAACAUAAGUAGUUAUGGUGAUGCUGAGACUUAUUUGAAGUGGCAGAACACCAUUGCCAAAGUUGUCAAAUCUGUUGUUUCAAUCCAUUUUUCACAGGUGGCGCCAUUUGAUUCUGAUAAUGCUGUUGUAUCUCAAGCUACUGGGUUUGUUGUCGAUGCCUCAUUGGGUAUAAUAUUGACAAAUAGACAUGUUGUUGGUCCUGGUCCAUUUGUUGGAUACGCAGUUUUCGAUAAUCAUGAAGAAUGUGAUGUGACUCCAAUCUACAGAGAUCCUGUUCAUGAUUUUGGUUUUUUAAAAUUUGAUCCAACAAAGAUCAAAUAUAUGAACAUUCAAGCGCUAGAAUUGAAACCUUCUUUAGCUAAAGUUGGGUCAGAGAUCAGAGUUGUUGGUAAUGAUGCUGGUGAAAAAUUGAGUAUUUUAUCUGGGUUUAUCAGUAGGUUAGAUAGAAAUGCACCUGAUUACGGUGAAUUAACUUACAAUGAUUUCAAUACAGAGUAUAUCCAAGCUGCAGCUGCAGCUUCUGGUGGUUCAAGUGGUUCUCCAGUUGUGAAUAGCGAUGGUUAUGCUGUUGCACUACAGGCUGGUGGUUCCACAGAAGCAUCCACCGAUUUUUUCCUUCCAUUGGAUAGAAUCUUAAGAGCUUUAAAAUGUUUACAAUCAAACAAACCAAUUACUCGUGGUACUAUUCAGCUGCAAUGGCUAUUAAAACCUUUUGAUGAAUGUAGAAGGUUAGGUUUGACAGCAGAUAGGGAAAGUCAAGCCCGUGCACAGUUCCCUGAUAAAAUAGGUCUGCUAGUCGCUGAAACUAUUUUAAGAGAAGGCCCAUCUGAUAUCAAGAUAAAAGAAGGUGAUACAUUAAUUUCAAUUAAUGGCGAGCUGAUUUCCUCAUUCAUUCAAGUCGAUGAUAUCUUGGACGAAAGUAUUGGAAAAGAGAUUGAAAUUAUUAUCCAACGUGGUGGUAUCGAACAUACUGUAAAAUGCGAAGUUGGUGACCUACAUUCUAUUACACCUGAUAGAUAUGUUGAAGUUUGUGGUGCAACCUUCCACGAAUUAUCAUAUCAAAUGGCAAGAUUUUACGGUAUGCCUGUCAGGGGUGUUUUCAUUAGCAGUGCUUCAGGAUCCUUUAACAUCGAUGCUAAUGAAAGAGUUGGAUGGAUUGUUGAUUCCAUUGAUAAUAAAGAAACACCAAACUUGGAUACCUUUAUUGAAGUCAUGAAAACUAUUCCAGACAGACAAAGGGUAACUUUAAGAUACCAUCAUUUAACAGAUCAACAUACAAUUCAUGUUACUUCAAUUUAUAUCGAUAGACAUUGGUGUAGUGAAUUUAGGUUGUACAAGAGAAAUGAUGUUACUGGUAUUUGGGAUUAUGAGAAUGUCGCAGAACCAAUCAAAGCGGAAGAAUUGAAACCACAUGCUGCCAAAUUUAUCGAUAUCCCAAUCGAUAUCCCUGAAAUAGCAACUUUGUCACAUUCUUUAUGUAUGGUUAGCACCGUGUCAGCAAUUCCUUUGGAUUCGUUACCUGUAGAAAACGUGAAGACAUCUGGCUUAGUCAUUGAUGCUGAACAAGGUUAUAUCAUCGUGUCUCGUAGAGCUGUUCCACACGAUUGUCUAGAUGUAUUCGUUACUUUUGCCGAUUCUGUUAUGAUACCUGCUUCUAUUGUAUUUUUGCAUCCUACUAAAAAUUAUGCAAUAAUCAAAUAUGAUAUCAAUUUGGUAAAUGCCAAUAUAAUUACACCUAAACUCUCAAAUACCCCGAUGAAACGUGGUGACAGAACCCGUUUUAUUGGUUUCACCCAUAACAACAGAUUAGUUACCUCUGAAACUUCAGUUACCGAUAUUUCUUCUAUUAGUAUUCCAAGUAAUAUAAUUCCAAGAUACCGUGCAACUAAUUUGGAAGCAAUUUCAAUUGAUUGUAAUGUAAGUACAAAAUGUAAUUCUGGUAUUUUGACAGAUAAUGAUGGUACUAUCAGAGCGCUAUGGUUAUCGUUUUUGGGUGAAAGACAAGACAAUAAAGACAAAAUUUACUUGAUGAGUUUAGAUAUCACAGACUGUAAAGAAGUAAUCGAAUUACUAAAGGAAGGUAAAAAGCCUAAAGUUAGUAUAAUCGAUGCAGGCUUUGGUGCAAUCUCUAUCCUGACAGCUAGAAUUAGAGGUGUUCCAGAAGAAUGGAUUAAAAAAAUGGAGCUGCAGUCUGAAAAUAGGUUACAAUUUAUUUCUGUUUCAAGAGUUUCUUUUACUGAAGAACCAGUAAAGUUACAAACAGGUGAUGUUAUUCUAGCUGUCAACGAUAAAUUGGUAACUGAAAUGAGUCAAUUGGAUGGUGUUGUAUCUACUGCUGAUGACGAAGAAAGCCAAACCUUGAGAUUUAAAGUUGUCCGUGAAGGAAAGAUUAUUGACUUGAACAUUAAAACUAUAUACGUGAAGGAGACAAGCCAAAUUGCUGUAUUUUCCGGCUCUAUUUUACAACCUCCACACCAUGCGGUUUGGCAAUCCAUGAUGAAUAUUCCAAGUGGGGUUUAUUGCACAUUUAGAGGAGAAUCUUCUCCUGCUCUUCAGUUUGGUAUAUCUGCAACAAACUUUAUCACACACGUUAAUGAAACAGAAACUCCUGAUCUCGACACAUUUUUAAAGGUCAUAAAACAAAUUCCAGAUAAUACCUAUUGUAAAAUGAGAUUAAUGACAUUUGAUAAUGUACCAUUUGCAAUUUCUUUGAAAACCAAUUAUCACUACUUCCCAACAACUGAGUUAAAGAAAAACAUAGAGUCUGGCAAGUGGAUAGAGAAUGAACUUAAUAAAACCGAAGAGAAAAAAAUCAUUAAGAGUGAUUAA